AUUAACUCUCUGAAAUAAAAUAUUAUCUGCUUCACAAUAUCGAUUUUAUCCAUUAACGUGUUACAAUUAUGUGAGUGUAUGUAUUAUCAAUUAUACACACACGGGACAUCGCUAACAUGCUGUCCUGCAAGAAUCUUUUGGGAGUAGUCAUUUUUAUCACCGUGCUAGGUAGUCUGGUAGAUUCAAAGUAUCAUGCUGACUGCAUGAAGAAAUGUAAGACAACAGGAAUUAAUAUCAAGAAGUGUAGGAUAUCGUGCAAGAUUCCAAAGGUAGCACACUUGAAUGGAACAUGUUGGAAUGUAUGCGUUGCAGAGUUAGGAGGAUCGCAAUUCAAAACAUGUAUGACAAAAUGCAUUUUAAAACCAGUUAAUUGCCAAUGGAAGCAGUGGACGGACUGGGGAACGUGUACAGAAUGUUUGAAAUGUUGCGAGAGACAUUGCAUAAGGACCAGAGGAAAAACACCAGCACUUCGAGGCGGAAAACCGUGCAUGGGGUCUCAUAUAGAAUACCAGGUCGUGAAAUGCAGCAAGACUGAGUGCUCGCAGCCCGAUCCAAGUCCAGGAACAUGCGGUGGGUGGGGAGUCUCACAUUACACAACAUUCGAUGGGUUGCGUUAUGACUUCCAAGGUGAUUGUAAAUACAUCCUUUUACGUUCAGUCAACGGUGCAUUCAAGAUUGAAGUGAAACAUAUACGCACAACACCAACAAGCACCGUAUCAUUCACAAUAUACGCUGAUGUAUAUGUAGGUGAUGAUGUCAUACGUCUUGGACGCGUGUCUCCCGUGACGGUGAACAGAAAUCCAAUAGCCCUGUUCCCUUAUAAUACUGAUCUUUACUCCAUUGAGGUCAAUGGGGCUACUAUAACAUUCA